UCACAGUCCCACGGUCUCACAGAGGCAUUGUGAUCAAUGAUCAGAGAUCGAUAAAUUAAGUUAAGCAUGACGAUAUGAUAGAGUAGGUAGAGUGUAUAACGCACGGAUGCUUGGUUACGUGUGCGGUAGGUGGGUAGGUGGUAGGUGGUUGCGGCUCUGGAUCUCUGGUGCUGGUGCGCUCGAAACUCUCCCGUCCGGGGCCCGGGCUUUAGAGUGUUUACUUACGUACUCUAGAUACGUUUCUCGAUGGUGGGCCGCGCUUCAAACUCUUCAAAGGAUGGGCGAAGUCUGUGAGGAUGUGGUUAGUUGGUUACAUGGACGGGCGCGGGCGCGGGCGCGGACACUCCCGUAAGUUUGGCCCGCAACGGCGUGGAACGAUGGCUGGCCCUGGGUGAUCAAGGCCCGACUAUGUCUAGAGUUAGAGUCGAGCCCACCACCACCGACCAGGCCCUUAAACCUUGUGCUCGUCCACGGCUCAUGGAAGUUCUGG